AUGAGGGAAGAUUCUGAAAUUCAUGGAAAUAUUUUGGCCACAGAAGUGACAGCUUCGAAUUCAAAAAUUUAUGGAACUCUGAUUAUACCAGAUUCGGCAACGAUGGUAACUAUAUUCGAAACUACUCAGUUCAUGAAUUUUACUAAUUGGGAUCCUUAUUCACCAUUUGUUGAUUCGAAAUGUAUUUCUUCUCAAUCAGUAGUUUCGUCUAAUGUUUCUUCCAAUUCGACUGUGGUUACAAACAGUUCAGUUUCAGUCAAUCAAACUAUUAUUAAUUCCAACUCGUCAAUGAUUAAGAACAAUACUGUUUACAAUAGUACAGUAUUAAAUAAUUCCACAUUGAAUAAUUAUUCAUCAAUAGUUAACACUACUCAAGUUUCUAAUAAUAUUACAGUUGGUAAUUCAACAACUUUAUCAAAUUCUACAAACGUAUUGAAUAAUUCCUCAAUGAGUGGUAAUUCGACCUUUUCCAAUUCUACUAAUUAUGGAAAUGGCUCACUUUCGAAUACAACACAAGUGGUUUCUAAUAAUGUUACAGUUGGUAAUUCAACAACUUUAUCAAAUUCUACAAAAGUAAUGAAUAAUUCCUCAAUGAAUGGUAAUUCAACAUUUUCCAAUUCUACUAAUUAUGGAAAUGGCUCACUUUCGAAUACAACACAGGUAGUUUCUAAUAAUAAUACAGUUGGUAAUUCUUCAAAUUUAUCAAAUACUACGAUUGUACUGAAUAAUUCCUCAAUGGAAAGUAAUUCUUCACAAACAAUUUCCAAUUCCACUGUUGCCAAUACUACAAAUAUUCACGGAAAUGACUCACUGUCGAAUACAACGCAAAAUGUUGCUAAUAAUAAUACACUAGGAAAUUCCACACAAUUACUGAAUAUUUCAAUGAACAGCAAUAGUACAAGCAAUUAUUCCAGUAUUACCAACUCUACUAAUUAUGGAAAUGAAUCAUUUGUGAAUUCAACAAAUAAUUCAGUGAACAGCACUACUAAUUCUACUUUUAUGGGAAAUAGUUCAAAUAUUUCACAACAAGUGAAUACAACCACAAAUUCAUCAAUUGGAGUUGUUGAUAACGAAACGACUAUUCUUAUGAAUGAAACAAAUGUUUCGAAUAAUAGCAUUGUUGAAACUAAUCAAACUCUGAAUAAUUCACAAAUUGUUAACGAAACAUCAACAGAAUCCAAUAAUAAUGGAACAAUUCAAAACAACUCUUCCCAAACUAUUAUUUCCAAUAAUUCAUCCAUUGUUAACGAAACUUCCAAUACUUCUAAUACUACAGAACUAAUUUCUAAUAACACAAUAAGUGAUUCAAAUAACACAUUUAUCAAUCAGUCAACUGUGGAACAUCAAAAUUCAACACUUAAUCAAACUCUAAUUAACAAUCAAACUACUUUUGGAAAUAGUUCAGUAAUUGAAGUUCAAAACCAGGUCAAUCAAACAUCAAAUAUCUCUAACAGCACAAACAACACUUUAAUUAUUAAUUCAACAAUUAUUUCUAACAAUACAAUUUCCAAUUAUAGUAAUUCAGUAUUACCAAGUAAUGUCACAAAUAAUUCGACAUUAUCAAUCAAUAAUACAAUUCUAAAUAAUCAAAGCACUGUAAAUUCAACAACAUCUAACCUGAAUAAUGAAACAUUCAAUAAUCAGAAUUCCAGUUUAAAUAAUUGUGACAGACAUGUCAAUUGCUCAAAUCAUGGCGAUUGUAAUUCAGAAGGACAAUGCAUAUGUUCUUCAAAUUAUGAAGAAGGUUUCUGGUCUGGAACUAAGUGUGAAUUUUGUGCGAUUAACUUUUAUGGAAAAUUAUGUAAUACUAAAAUUGUUGGUCCAGCUUUGAUUUCACCAGAUUUUACAGGCGUUACAUUUAUAUUACAUUCUGCACAGAUGAAUGAUUCAAUUCCUUGUGAAAAGAUUAUCAAUCCACUUGAUUUAUCUAUUUUUGGAACCAAUAACAUUUCUGCACCUCCUCCUGGUCCUGUCACACAGUGA